UGGUGCAGUGGGAAGACAUCGAGCAGUUUUCUUGUGACGAGGAUUCACCUUCGACUGUCAGGGAAGACAGGAGUGAUCGUUUAAGAGUCCUGGGGCAACAGUUGAAAAGAAAGUCUGAGUUGACCUUUGAUCCAGCUGAAAAACUGAAAUUUAGUGUUAUUAUGGAUGGGGAAUUGUCCUGUCAGGAGGCAUCUGGGUCUAUAGAGGACACAGGUCAGAUUGACACCAACAACAACAACCAGACUGAUGAGCCAGAGCUGGAGGAGAGUAAAGACCCUCCCACAGGGGAGCCGGUGGAAGGUCUGAGGGUAAUGAAAGUGGGCGAGAAAGGGGAGGAGGACGCGGUACGAGAGCAGAGAGGAGAGGUGGAGGCCGGUGCUGGAGAUAAAGACACCACCCAGACUCCUCCAUCAAAGCAUGUGGAAGGCGACGCCGAAGAGGCUGAACUCUCUGACGACAAAGCCUCCGCUGAUGUUGAUGGGAAAGAUCCCCAACCGACAAGUGGAGAAAAAGAUGGGGAGGCAGAGAGGAAGGAAGAAAAGAAAGGUCAGCAGGUGGAAGAGGCCAAGAGUUGCGAGACUGAGCGAGGUGGAGAGGAGAUGACAGGCAAAAACAAAGAGAAAAAGAAGAGUCAAAAAGAGGGAGCGUCAAAGGAAGCAGACGCAGAUGGAAAGGCAGCAAAGGAGGCAGAGAAGACAAAACAAGUUGAGGAAGUGGACGUAGAAACAAAAGAAAAAGCAAAGAUUAAGGAGGUAGAAAAGCAAGGGAAGCCCAAAAGAAAGAGUGGUCCUCCCUCUUCUUCUCUCUCCCGACCAAGACCCUCUGCACGCUCGAUGAGAGCAGCAGCUAAAAACGACAUCAUCGCCAAGUUCCAGCAAGGUGCCCCAGAGACACCAACACCCCGCAACUUCAAAAUGCAGAGGUCAUCUGGGGCCGCGGCUACGGGAGCUACAAUCAAACAGAAGAUGCUUCAUUGGUGUCGCAGCAAGACUCGCAACUAUGACGGUGUCAACAUAGAAAACUUCUCAUCAUCCUGGAGUGACGGGUUGGCGUUCUGUGCUCUGAUCCAUCGCUUUUUUCCUGAUGCCUUUGACUUCAGCGCCCUGAAUCCUAAAGAGAGGACGAAAAACUUCACUCUGGCCUUCCAAACUGCAGAGUCCCUGGCCGACUGCUGCCCUCUCCUGGAAGUGGAGGACAUGAUCAUGAUGGGUAAACACCCGGACCCCAUGUGUGUGUUCACAUAUGUCCAGUCCCUCUGCCACGGCCUCUCUAAAAUAGAGAAAGCGAGGAAGGGCAGCACAUCUGGUGAUGGGGGAGAGGAGAAAGAGAAGGGAGAGGUGUCACCGGAGAAGGACGAGUCUGCUGAGAACCAAGAGGAGCAGAACCAGGGAGAUCUUACAGAGACAGCGGGUGCUGGUGAGGAAGAGCACGCACCGAGCAGCUGUGAGAUGGAGGAGUGUUCAUCAAUACAGUCCUCGAUAAAAGACUGACUGCAAAUAGAAAGACUGAAAAUACCAAAAGGAUGGUUUAUGAUUUGUGCUACUUCCAUGAUUAAUAAGUCUUAGUUUGGUGUUGGAUUGAUUACUGGCAAUUUUAUAUUAUUAGCUGUAUUUUUUAAAGUGUACUGUGCUGUGUUAUUUGCAUAUGUUUGUUUUGAGAUCAUAAAGCAGGAAUGCCUCGUUGCUCUCAAAGAUAAUACCA